AAUCCGGAUGUGAUAAGAUGAUGCAAACUGUAUAAAAAUCGAGUGCAUGUGAUUGCAACGGUCAGUCAUUGCCAAAUGUGAUACGCGUUGACGCAAGCAGAAUCACGAGAAAAGUUCUAUCCGCGAUGAGAGAGAACUAUUUGGCGCUCAUCGCAUUGGUCGCGUUGGGAGUAUUUGCGAAUGCCGACGUCGAGAUACCGACGCAAUGCCCGGAAAAAGACUCCGGGAAUACUAAGAUUCGCCUGAAACACGAGUCCGACUGUAGCAAAUACUACGAAUGCUUACAAGGGAACAAAACCCUGCAGGUGUGCUCGUACAGAAACGAGUACGGCGACAGGUUGCACUUUAACCCCGCUCUGCAAAACUGCGCCUGGCCGGACCUCGCGGUCUGCAAGGAUGCCAAUUUGAACCGGCCGAGCGUGUGCCCGAAAAACCUGAAGCAGUGCAUACGCAUACCACAUGAGUCCGACUGCGCCAAGUUCUACUUGUGCGACUACGACCGCGAGGAGGAGCUCACGUGCGCGAAAGGCCUGCACUUCAACCCGGCCACCCAGAUGUGCGACUACUCAAGUAAGGUCGGCUGCGAGGAGAGCUGUGUAUGGAAGUGUUGCCCGAAAAAGGACUCCGACAUAGAGAUUAGGUUGCCGCACGAGUGCUUUUGCACCAGGUACUACAAGUGCGAAAACGGCGAGCAGGUCGUGAAGAAGUGCCAAAAGGGCGAUCACUUUGACAACCGGCUGAAGCGAUGCAGACGGGCCAAGGACGCCGGCUGCAUCUUCCGGCCGAUGGGGCCGCCAAGCGAGGCCAUCGUCAAGUGCCCCAAGGACAACACUAGUCUUGUGAGGAUUCCUCACGAGGAAGACUGCGACAAAUACUAUGAGUGCAUUGGUGGCGAGAUGAUCCUGCGAAGAUGCCACGACAGCCACAGCUUCAAUCCUCAACUCGGGGUCUGCGACUUUCCUGAGAACAUAUCAUGCGAUGUAAGUCCAUGCUGCAGCCCUAAACCGUUCAAGGUUCCGACAGCGGCACUGGAAUCGUCGGACGAGGACAACGUCGACGUGUUACCCACGAAAAGGGACCCCGACUGCCCUGCCGAGGGCACCGCCAAGUUACCGUUCCCGACGAACUGCACCCUGUAUUACGUUUGUGAGGACGGCUGGAAAACGAUGCACAGCUGCCCUGUGGGCUUGUACUUCAAUCCGACCAUCAGCGAAUGCGACUGGCCAUUCAACGAGAUAGUAUGCCACCCACUGCCGGCGGAAUUGGCAUUAUUGCGACUGGGGAUGCCUGCGAAUAGCCAGGAUGAUAUCGAUUCAGAGACCGUUUGUUACGGCAAGUGCCCGUUCCCUGAUCCGAAACACAAGACUAUACACUUGCCGGCCAACGACUGUACCAAGUUCUGCAAGUGCAGCAACGGCGUCCCGUACUAUAUGAAAUGUCCCGAAGGCUUGUACUACGACAGGAAGGAGAAGGUCUGCAAUUGGGCGUGGGCGGUCAAGUGCGAAGAGGAUCUCGCGAAAAACGUGAACCUAGCAGGGGAAUUGAGGCGCAGAAAGAACAACGCGCGACUUUUCACCGUCUCUCAGGAAUCAAGCCUGAACUUGAAAGGAUUCGGGAUGUAUUCAGUGGCCGUUUUAUUCGUGACCACAUUGGCCGUAUCUACGUUUGGCCAAUCGCCGCAAGUAAAGAUCCCGACAAAAUGUCCCGAAGUCGACCCAAAAAACACCACGAUUCAUCUUGCUCAUAAGGACUGCACAAAAUUCUACAAAUGUUUGAUGGGCACUCCGAUAGAGAUGGACUGUCCCUUCAUGAACAAAGAACAUACUAAGAGGUUACACUUCAAUCCCGAGCUGCAAGUGUGCGACUGGCCGUAUCGCGCAGGCUGUAUCCACAAAGGCGACUCUACAACUACAGAACCUACUACUACUACUACUAGCACCGAUUCUAUCAUAACGAUCACCCUCACACCGGAUACACCUCCGACGACAACAACGACUCAGAAGACUCCCGGAAUAUGGGAUUGCUGUCCUAAGGAUACCGGUGGCGAGAUAAUCAGAAUACCCCAUGAGACCAAGUGCGAUUACUAUUACGUGUGCAUAGACGGUGAGAAGAGCCUGUACCAUUGCCCAUGGGGUCUCUUCAACCCAAAAAUUCGUUAUUGCGACUUACCAGAAAAUGUUGAUUGCAACUCGCACGACAUACACUGCGACGUCACGUUCACGCCUCCCACCGAACCUCCCACCAAACCUCCCACCAAACCUCCCACUAAACCUCCAACCAAACCUCCUCACCCACCAAAGGAGUGCCCACCAAAGGAUUCCGGUUGGGCGGCGAAAUUACCUCACGAAUGCCAAUGCGGCAAAUAUUAUGAAUGCCGUGACGGCGAUGCGAUCCUGAAGAAUUGUCCGGCAGGUAAGCACUACGACUGGAUCCGACAGGUUUGCGAUCUUCCAAAUAUAGUGAAAUGUGUCCGACCUAUCCCGACGUUCACCGAGACAUUCCCUUCUACGACCGUCAGCUAUUACCAGUGCUCGAGCAAAAAAGAGGGCAUAAAGUAUGAAGAUCCGAACAGCUGUAACGCUUACUACGAGUGCGUAAAUAAGCAGAAGGUCCUCAAAUACUGUCCGCAAGGUCUCCACUUCAAUUCCACUCUGCAGAUGUGCGAGUACCCGAAAAAGGAGUGCGUGAUAUCCACCACAACCUACUCGCCAACGUGGACCACCGAGUCCACGGAGAAGAGAACUUGUUCGAAAAAUUCCAAGGAGAGGUUUCCGCACGAAUGCUCCUGCACGAAUUACUACGAAUGCGUCAACGGAUUACAGAUUAUUCGCAAAUGCCCAUCGGGACAGCAAUAUGAUCGCAUUCGACAGAUUUGCGAUGACUCGAAGGUGGUGAAGUGCGAAAGUGAUGAACAACCCACCUCCCCGUCAACGGAAUCCACGACACCUGCGAUUAAUGACGGUGAAUGCCCGGCGAGAGACGACGAGAACAGGAUAAUCAGACUCCCGCACAAGACCAGUUGCAUUUUCUACUAUCAGUGCGCCAACGGUAAGAAAGUUCUAAAGAGCUGCAGGGGCGGGUUAGUGUUCAACCCGGUAUUGCGCGCAUGCGACUUCCCGGAGAACGUGAAAAAAUGCGGCUUCGUGUCUACGUUACCUGUCGUCCCGAACGCUUGCCUGUUUGAAGAUUUCUUGGAAGAGCGAACGCUGCCGCACGAAUACGAUUGCACCAAGUACUACGUCUGCCGCAACGGCGAAGAGAUCCUACAAGAGUGCCCCGCAGGCUUGGAAUAUGACUAUAAGUAUGCCGUGUGCGAUAAGCCCGAAAUCGCAAAAUGCGCCAAGCUGAUUCCCGUACCCACAUCUGGAAGUAUCGCACUGCCAGGCUCGUCGUCGUGCGCCGGCAAAGAAGAUGGAGAACGAGUACCUCACGAAUAUAACUGCCAACUCUACUACAGCUGCAAGGGGGGUCGCAGAACGUUACAGACAUGUCGCGAAGGUCAGUCCUUCAACCCGCUCAUCGGCGUCUGUGACUUAGAGAGUAACGUUGACUGCAAAACCACUACGCCAGGCCCGAGCGUGUGCCCCGACGAGGGAAUAACAAGGGUACCCCAUGAAACCAACUGUAAACUUUACUACGAUUGCGACAACGGCGAUAAAACGUUGCAACAGUGCCCGCGCAACAACAAUUUCAAUCCUUACCUGAAAGUCUGCGACUUGCCCGAAAAUUAUCCCUGCGAUGGCGACAUCGUGAACGCAAGGACCACGGCAGAAUACAAACCGUCUGAUUGCAUCGGCGAUUGCCCUUGGGAGGACCCGUCCAACUAUACGGUGAUGCUCCCACAUAUGGACUGCCACAAGUUCUGCAUGUGCAGCAACGGCUCACCGUACGAGCAGAACUGUCCCGAGAACCUGCGUUACGACUACAUCAGGCAGGUCUGUGACUUCCCGGCAAAAGUCGAGUGCAAGGUACCUCCGCAACGAGCUUUUAAGAUCGGAAGUAACGAGCAUCAGAAUAUGGGUAAGAAGAAUGACUGGUUCAACUAUGUGAAGGAGGACUAGACAAUACCGGGAAGACGCAAGAAAAUUCCUGAUUCAGGUUAUCUGUCUUUUGAAACGGUAUAUCUGAGCGCGUGAGAUCUAAAUGAGCCGUCGCCGCAACCACCUGCAUUUUAUCCGCUUAUACAUCGUACUCAUUUGUUAACAUAGUGGUUAAACUUGAGCCAAGUCCACUCCAAAGUUUCCGUUCUAUACUGAAUGAAAAGUAAUUAUUGUUCAUCAAUAAUUAUUUAUUUGUAGGAUAGUAGGCUACCUUAUGUAAUGCCCAAUAGUGUCACUGUAUUGUAACUUAUUAAAUAAAGACAUUGUUCAUUCUUCAAUAA